AUGGAACAUAUUUCAGGCACCAAGGUCGUCACCAUCAGAAAUGGGAAGAACAAGAUGGUCAACGACCAAGGCUUACGUAAGUCGAAGAAGAAAAUGGGGGGUGUAGUGCAUUUUGUCAGGCUAGCAUUGUACAUGCUUCGUCGUAAAUCUAAAAAAUCAAAAGCAUCUAUGGAGGUCGAUGUGUCUUCCACGGGUCCAUGGACAGAAGUUUUGGCAUCCAUGCGUCCAUUACAUGCCGGAAGCAGCCAGUGUCCACCAUCUUCCGAUGAAAUGCCUAUGUCUGUGCCAAUGGUCGAAAAGUUUGAGGAUGUGUUAACGCCUCCUUUAUCGCCAGCACCAACUAAGACAUUGGCUCCACCCUGUGAGUCUGAUGAUGGCAUGAGCCAAUACGCUUCUGCACAGGAUCUCCAAGAGCUUGAUACGGCGACUACUGCAGAUGACAAUGAAGAAAACAAUGAUAACGGUGGUGACGAGAUGAUUGAUGUCAAGGCGGAGGAGUUUAUAGCUCAAUUUUAUGAACAGAUGAGGAUUCAAAACGUCCACUAUAUGAGCACUCACAACAGGAGACUCAGACAAACGUCAUAA